AUGAGCUGUAUUGUGGACUCUGCGGCCAUUUCGCCUAACAACCAGCGGUUAGCAUCAGUUUCGGGAGAAAACACUAUUCAGAUAUGUAAUAUAAAAACGGGACAGGUCACACAAAGAUUUAAAGGUCAUAAAAGUGAGAUUAAUUCAAUUGUCUUCUCACCUAACAGCCAGCAGCUGGCAUCAGCCUCAGCUGAUUAUCACAUAAAAAUCUGGGACACAAAAACGGCAACUUGUGUGCAGACUCUUAUGGGCCAUAAUAAUAUAGUCAACUCAAUUGCUUUCUCGUCCAACAACCAACAGCUAGCAUCUGCGUCCGAUGAUAAGACAGUUAAGAUCUGGGACAUAAGAACAGCACUAUGUGUACAGACGCUUAAAGGCCAUAUCAGUAUAGCUACCUCAGUCGCUUUCUCGCCUGAUGGUCGACAGAUAGCAUCAGCCUCGGCUGACCACUAUAUUAAGAUAUGGGAUUCAAAAACAGGGAGAUGCCGACAUACGCUUGAGGGCCAUACCGAUGCAGUUACUUCAGUUGCCUUCUCGCCCAACGGCAAACAACUAGCAUCAACAUCAUGCGAUCACUCUAUCAAGCUUUGGGAUAUGAUAAUAAGCAAAUGCGCAAAAACACUUGAAGGCCAUGGAAAUACGGUUAACUCAGUUGCCUUCUCGCCCAGCGGUCAACAACUAGCAUCGGCGUCGUGGGAUUGCACUAUUAGGCUUUGGGAUAUAGCGACAGGAGUCUGUGUUGUACAAUUUGAGGGUCAUAAGAGUAAAGUUAACUUAAUCGCUUUCUCGCCUGGCAGCAAAGAGCUGCUGUCAGUCUCAGACGACAAUACUAUUCGGCUCUGGGACAUAGCAGCAGGUGCAUAUGUCAGGACA